CACAUACAAUAUAGGCCCGGUGCGCGCCCUUACCCUGCAACGGGGCCGCUGCCCGGGCCGCCUCAAGCCGCCGCCUUCUCGAGCAAUCGACUUCGCUGCUGGCGACUGGGCCUGCCCAAGCUUGCCCAGGAGCUUGUCAACUCAUAAUUCAUGGCGCUGCACCCGUCAUCACCAGUACACACCAGCCCGGCAUCAUCGGAACCUUCCGGAACCUUCGUCAGCCCUUCGCGUCCUGCCGCGCCGCCACCGCCAUGUGACCGCCGCCUCCGCCGCCACUCGCCCACAUACCGCCAAGCUCAUCACCAGUGUAUCGGCAACUACCAGUAUCAGUGUUCGGUGCGUUGGUUGACGGUGCGGGCCCGUUGGCCCAAGCCAUGCUUGCAGUCGUGCGCGGUGUGCGUCUCGCGCGGCCAGUCGUCGUCUUGGUCAGCAGGUCAAGUCCAUCCACACUCGCAUGCUGCACGCACACACAUGGCGCACGCGCCUUCUCCGACAUGGGAGCGACGUCUCGUAAUCAUACCGCGCAGUGAUGACAGCAAUCAGAUAUCGGACUAGAGUUUCCGAGGGCCACGGCUCGUUGACGAACUCGCUGAUUCCCUUGGCUGUCUGAGCGAACCUAGCCCCGUAUUGGGCGACGUCUUGCUUUCCCAUUGUCUUUCGCAUUUGCAUAUGCAUGCAGCGCAUGUCGCACACGCACAUGGCAUGCGCUGGGAAAGGCUUCUAUAAAGUUGGUCCCGCGGCUCUCCCUCCGUGCUGUGGAGCCCGUUCCCAGAAGCCAUAGUGCCGGCUGUGCUUGGAUUGAUCGUCCUUUUACGGCUGUCGAUGGUGCUCGCUAUCCUAACCCCUCCGACUGGUUGGGCGAUAGGACGAUUGCUACCAGACAUACUGUAUCCAUGCAUGUACCCAUGACACUGCGCACUGGUCAUAGCCAUUUAUCGCACGCACUCAUGUGGGAGCGCACGCACGCUGCUUGACGGUCAGGUGUUGUGUGUCUCCAAUGUCUCCUUCACCUAAUCAAAUCUGGCAGCCACAGUACCGGGCUAGUACUUCUGAUGACCGUGGCUUUUCCCCACCACGUCAUGGGCGCCUGGGUACUGGCCUGUUCAUUCCUUAUGUGCAUACACAUUCGCAUGUGCCGGCAUGUGCAUAUGCAAGGAAGCGUUGCGCUGUGACGAAAGCUUAGAGGCUGUUUAUGAUCACCAUGAUUAUAACCAACCAAAAAACGACUUCUUCUUCCACUGAGCGCAUCACUCACGCAUAAUUGCAUGUGCACUAUGCACCGCGUGUCUGUGGGCUUAGUGCUGCAGUCAGGCGCACCUCAUGCCUCUGGCUGUGAAGAGAUUGGUCUUGGGGUGUUCCUGCCCCCACGCUGCUCCUUGCCUCACGGUUCGGAGACGCAAAGACCGCGUCCGAGCCAUCUAUAUGCGCCUGAUUGUUGCAACAACCUUUAGCACGAUAUUAUAGUGUGCAUCAUUCGGCUGUGAAGAGAUUGGUCUUGGGGUGUUCCUGCUCCCACGCUGCUCCUUACCUCACGGUUCGGAGACGCAAAGACCGCGUCCGAGCCAUCUAUAUGCGCCUGAUUGUCGCAAUAUCCUUCAGCACAAUAUGUUUUGUGUGCAUCAUUUGGCUGUGAAGAGAUUGGUCUUGGGGUGUUCCUGCCCCCACGCUGCUCCUUACCUCAAAGUUCGGAGACGCAAAGACCGCGUCCGAGCCAUCUAUAUGCGCCUGAUUGUUGCAACAACCUUUAGCACGAUAUUAUAGUGUGCAUCAUUCGGCUGUGAAGAGAUUGGUCUUGGGGUGUUCCUGCUCCCACGCUGCUCCUUACCUCACGGUUCGGAGACGCAAGGACCGCGUCCGAGCCAUUUACACAUCGCAUCGGCAUCGACUCAUUGACUUGACUGGCUAUGAUGACAUUGUCGGUCCGGGGCUUUCCUGACCCCACUCUCCCACGUCUGUGGGAAGCGGACCCGAUGCUGAGCUAUAUUUAUCCUCUCGGCAUACAACUCGCAUCACAUUGGUGUGGUCACACUCAUGGCAUUCUUUGGCUGUGAUGACAACAUUCCGGAGGGAGUUCCUGUCCCUCGUGACCCCUUCCUUGGGGAGUACGGAUGUUUCUGAGCCACAAUUAAUCUUCCACGAUCAUACCACUGUGUGCGUGUUGUGUGGAGUGUUCGGUGUGACUGUGUGCGGCUGUGAUGAUACGCUCUGCUGGAGGGUUUCCUGACCCCAUUUACACCGGCUUUGGUGAACCAGCUAGAAUCUGAGCCUUCUAAAUGUAUAUGGUGAGAUGAGUUGUUUCUGGCGAUGGUGACAAGUGGUCUGUGGGUGUUCCUGCCCCAUGUGUUCUCCAGUUUUGGAGAGUAUAGACCGGCGUCUGAGCCAAUCUGAUUUACUAGAUUAGGUUACCGUAUGGUUCAUAUGCAUUAGGAGCUCUGUGGAAUGCACUGGAAUGCACCUUGGCUGUGAUGACAUGCUUGCGUCGGGGAAUUCCUGUCCCCACCAGCCUCCACCUGGAGGAAGGACGCAAGGUCUGAGCCAUACUUUGGUUGGUUGUUGGCUUUGUAGUCGGCUAUGAGGAGAGAAUGCGUGUGGGGUUUUCCUGACCCUCAAUUCGCUGCUUGUUGGCGACUUGCGCAUGAGUCUGAGCCGUCGGAUUUGUGUACACUUCUGCAUGUGUGUGCGUGCGUGCGUGCGUGCUUUAGCCGGCUAUGAGGAAAGAGUGCGCGUGGGGUUUCCUGACCCUCAAUUCGCUGCUUGUUGGCGACUUGCGCUUGAGUCUGAGCCUUUGAACUCUGUGUGUGUCCAGUAGCCGGCUGUGAGGAGAGAAUGCGUGUGGGGUUUCCUGACCCUCAAUUCGCUGCUAGUCGGCGACUUGCGCAUGAGUCUGAGCCGUGAUUUUGUAGAUGUUGUGGUUUGGGGCAGUGUGAUUGCGUGGCUGUGAUGAGGGAUGCGCAGGGGGAAUUCCUGUCCCCCAAGACUCUGCCUUCAGGGAGUUGCGCGUUUUCUGAGCUUUCAAUACGUGUCACUAGGUUGGACCAGGAGCAUGUGUUGUCGCGGUGUUGAUGGCGAUGAUGAGGCAUUUGCGCACGGGUAUUCCUGACCUGACUGGCUUCCGUCUGGAAGACUGCGCAAUUUGCUGAGCCUAUGACACUGACUUUUCAGUAUGUGUGUGCGCGUGUUCACAGUUAGGUGGCGGCGAUGAUGACACAACGCGUGGGGGUUUUCCUGACCCCCGUGGCCCUCGCCUGAGGGAUGUCGCAUAGUCUGAGCCUUAUCGUGUCGGUCUUUCAUGCUGCAUGCAUACAACUGCACUGCACCUAACUGCCGAUGAUGAAGCACGCCAACAUGCGACAUGCUGUGGCUGAUCCGGGAGCCUGCUCUGCAGGAACGAACCUACCCGGUGAUU